UCAUCAGCAUCUAAACUUAUCAUCUGGGUAAAAUAUUGCGUACAUGGAAUUGAAACAUAAACAGAUGUCUCAAACUUCCAAAAAUCAAUUAGGGCAUAAUCUUGUAGAAAUCUCAUAACAGAAGAGCUGAUUUUACCUGUGUGAAAACGCAUAAAUCAUAAAUAGUAUGGCGAUUAUUAUGCUAGUUUCAAUAAAAUGCAUAUAUUACUCACAUCUGGAAGAUGGGGAAUAACAGAUGUGGUGAUGUGAUAGCCUUCUUUUUUCACUUCUAUUAGAUGAGGCACGUUAGUUCAAGUUGUGGUUACUGCCCUUACUUAUACAUGUCAUAAACGGGGCAACUGCUUAUUGCUCUGCUGUUAUUGCAUGUACAUACACCUGAGGACUUCCGUUCAAUAUUAAUACGUUUCAUUUUUGAGACUACUGAUAUAAACAUAUAACUGCAACAUUUAGCUCCAAUUUGUCAUAAUUAUGUGCAUUUGGCUCUGAUAUUAUUUUCAUUUUUAUGGUUGGGGUCAUUUCGACUUAAAACUUGUAUGCAAUAUUCUGCCUUCAAAUGCUCCAGUUAGGAAAUUAGGCAAUAUCACUGGAAUGGAGACAGAUAUCUCGGUCAUCUCUUUUUCAUUGAUGGUUUUGUAGAACACCUGUAAUGGUAACGUGUCUUGUAAGCAGUUAAGGAUGUGGUUAUCCUGUUGGAUAACAUUUGUCGUUUAGGAAUCUAUAUUUAUCCCGGAGCAGGUGGUCUUUUUUUUACUGGGUUCAGACUUAGGACAGGUGGUCCUUUUAUGUGUACAAGGAAUGAAGUUUAAGGUUUGCAGAAAUACUAGUUAGGGAUCAAAUGGCUAAGAAAUUUUUGUCAGAUCCUAGAUUUUUCAGCUAGAUUUUGUUUAGCAGUUAGUACUAAUUGUUAGGAGUUUAAGGGCAUGUCCAAAAGGCUAGCAUUUUAGAACUGCUAUCAAAAAGUACUACUAGUACAAGCUGCUUAAGAACAUCCUUUGCUUCUUUCAACUCAGUCAUGAGCAGGUGGAUUUUAGUAUGCCUUUUCACUUUUCCAAUUUCUUGGACAAAAAGAAAAGAAGUCUGGUCUCUUUGUUCGUGUAUAGUGGAAGUUUGUAAAUUUAUGGUCAAUAGGAUCUAGAAUACCCAUAUUAGUUCAACAAUUUAUGAGAUCAUAGCAAUUAAACAUUAUCAGAUGUUUCAUGAAUAAUAUAAUGAUUAAACUAACAAACAAAGAUAAAUUGUAUAAUUUCGAGGGGCCCUUUAUGGGACGGACAUGAGACCUUUCUGCACCUUCAAACUAAACUACUAAACUAGGCAGGCACUAGACAGUGUUUGUGGUAAAGCCCAAAUUUGGAAACACUCGCCAAGAAUGGUAAAGAAGCCUUUAAACUAUGAGAUGCACUCAACAAUCAACACAAAAAUGAUAAGCUCAGCCUUUUAUCUCAAUAAUGUCAGCUCAGUUGCACCUAAUCCAGAUUUGUCUUUCAGAUGAGGUUGAAUGCUGUAGCCUAUCGAAUACAACUUUUUUUGGAUAUUUGGAAUAUGAAGAGAAUGAUGACUGAUCUGUAAGCACUCUUUGCUUAAUUUUUACUCAAUGGCCUCGAAGUCUGUAAAUGCAAUAUACCAUUAGAAACAGGUGUGGCAACUUAAGCCAAGUUAAAGUUGUGUAUCAUGCUUUUGGGUGUGCUUGGAGAAAAUGAAUGAUAUGGAAGAUUAUUCUGAGCAUGAGUUUUUUUGCGAUUACCAGUAGGUUAAAACAAUAAAGUUUUCCUUACCAUAAGUCAAUUUGUGUUGGUGUCUUGUGUUUUGCAUGGACAAAGCGGUGUUUAAUGUGGGAGGGUCUGCAAGAGCCAGGAUGCUUUAGAGCAGAGACUUGUCUUUAUACUCCAGUGAUAAUUGAGGAAUCAGCAGUGAUCUCUUUCACCUUUAUUUAUAUGGAAAAAGAUACUGACUGGGGAUAGUACAGUACAUUGAAAGAUCUUAUCACUGUAGCCAGACACAAAUCCAUAGAAAACAUAGAAAAAGCAUUUGUUGUUUGCCAGUGCCUACUUUGAUUUCAUUGAUGGUUAUUUGACGUACUUUUUAAAGUCCCCGGGCCCCAGCCUUUCAUUGUGGGAAAGUUCUUCGUAAGCUCAUAGAAAAUUAGCCUGCAGCAGAGCCUACCGCCCAGACUAUCAACUAGAGAGUUAAAAGGUUUACUGAGUGGUGCAAUCAAGACUGCCUUAUUUCGAGCUUUGCUUCCAUGGCUCAGCUUCACAGCUAUCACCUCAAAGUUUAACAUUCAGAUAGAACAUUCAAUGAAUGGAAUCGCCCUUUUGAGCUAUUUGCAUUCUUACUGGGUAGCUCCUGGUGCUUUUCCACCAUUUCAAGAAAAUCGAAAACUCAAAAUGAAAUAAGAUGGUGAUACUGUCUGGUAGGAUUUACGACUCCUUAUUAAAUGUGCACAUCCGGAGAACUAAAAAUGAAUCAGGGACCACAAAUUUCUUAAUUGCCAUCUUGGCUGAUUGUCCAAAUGGACGAUCAGGAUUUGAUCAAGCGUGCGUUACCCUGUGUGCUCCCCACCAACCAAUCUGUGAAAAGUUGACCCCAAGUAGUAAUUUUUUUAACCAACUCAUUAAAAUUGCUGCAGUCCUGGAUGUCUCAGACGUUGAUGCUUUUCUAUACAUAAAUGGGACUCUGCCACUGGAUUUUCCUACCCUUAAUAAGAAUAAAACUAUCAGAGGUAAAAAGGCACUGCAGUCUAGGCAACGCUAAGAUUUCUUCUGAUAUUUAGGUCCCUUGGAUCUAAAAGAGAGAGCUGUUAUCCGGGGCCAAUGCACCACCUCAAAGAGUACUAUAUUAGUAGAUUGAUUCGAAGGGUGGAGACAGAAGUUAGCUUGUGCGGAGAAGCAAGUCUUCAAGAGGUCAAGAGGCUACAAGGAGAAGAGAGAGAGAGAGAGAGAGAGGGAGAAACAGAUUAAUCAAAAGGCUUCCAAGCUGAGUUGUCAUAACAAAAAAUGAGGACUGAAAUUACUGGCACUUUUAACCAUAUGACAAGAAACCAGAAUCACUUGCUUGUGAAGCAAUAUCUCCAUGCCAAUGCAAGAUAAGAAGUAGAGAAAAACCCAAGAAAUACUAGAGGUUUUGCCUUGAUCCUUGACGUUGGGAAAUGGGAUUUCCGGUUGCCAGGCUUUUCCCACCACCUUAUAUUCCAACAGUCAUGCAUGGCCUCUUGAAGCGUGCAAGUGCUUAAUUUUCUCUAGCUCCCUUGAUCUCUCACAUUGCCAUCAUAAUUAGUCAAUCAACAUCACCAUUUGAGGUUUUGAAGAAAUGCAGGGAAGGUUGUUUUGUUUUCUAUUAGCUCUUCAAAUAGUAAGCUGGACUUCUGCAGCCAGCAGGCCUUUAGCACCAAAUGAUGGUUUUGGUGUUCAUCAACCAGUCACAGGCCAGAGACCACAGUCUUUACAAGAUACCUCGGGCCCAAGUUCGAGCUCAAAAGAAGUGUCUAUGCAGAGUUUUGAAAGCAAGGGAGGAACGGCUGCCACAAAUGAAGAAGCAAAUGCCGAAGGGGAGAGCAAACAGGGCAUAGGAUCAAGUCCUCCAAGCUGUGAACACAAAUGCUAUGGCUGCAUCCCAUGUGAAGCCAUUCAAGUGCCUACUACUAGCAAGCUCAGCCAUGUGGGUCUGCAGUAUGCAAAUUAUGAGCCUGAGAGUUGGAAAUGCAAGUGUGGUCCUUCCAUUUACAGCCCUUGAACUAUAAACCUCAGAGGCCUUGAUAUAAGCUGCUCAAUGCUCAGUGUUCACAACGUUCUCUAAAGAGUUUGAUUAGGAUCAAAAAUCCCUUAGCCAUCCCUUUGUACAAAAACUAAAUUCACCUUGUUUUUAAGGUAGUCUUUUGUUGCAACGCCCUAGAGUGUGGAGAAUCAUUUUUAGCUAUAGAAAUGUGUUCUGCUACUAGUAAUUAGCUGUUAUAAUACCCUUUUCUGUUUAAAACAAAUGCACUUCUUUUUCGCUUUUA